CUGUGUAGUACCAAUGUUGCAGGUGCGUUACUCAUCCUCUGCUCCAUCACACCAUUUCACGCACAUGCUCCCUCACGCGCUUUCUUUUCGAUUUGAGCCUCACUCGCGCUCGCUGGAUCUUGCACUCAUUGCUUCGCGCCAUAGAUCGCCACAAUUUUGUCUUCUCCACUUUUUCUUUUUCUCCACGUGCCCCUUUUCUCGCUUCUUCAUGUUCCAGCGUUUGAAUCGAUGCCGCAACUCCAAAGAUACGAACUUUACUCCAUUUUAGAAGACGGGUCUUAAACAACUGCGUUCAACUCUUCCCAAUUUUGGAUUCUCGUGUAACUGAAACUGAAACUGCUUCUGCUUCGGAAGCUUCUUUCUUUGGGGGCAACAAUGAUGAACAAAACUCUUCUCCUCACUUAUUUCUACUUGUUCAUCUACAUUUUGCUUUCUUCUGGAGUCAUUUUGUACAACAAGGUUGUCACUCCUGUUAAAAUGACAUUUGAAAUAUAUGCUACUUGCGUGAUACCAAUAAGUGCCUUCUUUGCAUCAAGUCUUUGGUUUGGUAACACAGCUUAUUUGCAUAUUUCUGUGGCUUUUAUCCAGAUGCUCAAAGCUCUGAUGCCUGUGGCAACAUUCCUCGUGGCUGUUAUGUGUGGCACUGACAAAGCAAGGUGUGAUGUGUUCUUCAACAUGUUGAUGGUCAGUGUUGGAGUUGUCAUUUCCUCCUACGGAGAAAUUCAUUUUAAUGUAGUUGGUACAGUUUAUCAGGUCACUGGCAUCUUUGCUGAAGCUUUAAGACUGGUCUUAACACAAGUCCUUUUACAGAAGAAGGGCUUGAGUUUAAAUCCUAUUACAAGCUUAUAUUACAUAGCUCCAUGCAGUUUUGUGUUUCUCUCUGUGCCCUGGUACCUGCUGGAAAAGCCUGUUAUGGAAGUUUCACAGAUUCAGUUCAAUUUUUGGAUCUUCUUUUCCAAUGCUCUAUGUGCUCUAGCCUUGAAUUUUUCCAUUUUCUUAGUAAUUGGUAGAACUGGGGCCGUAACCAUACGGGUUGCUGGAGUGCUCAAGGACUGGAUAUUAAUAGCCCUUUCGACUGUUAUAUUUCCAGAGUCUACAAUAACUGGGCUGAAUAUAAUUGGCUAUGCUAUUGCACUAUGUGGAGUUGUGAUGUACAAUUACAUAAAGGUUAAGGAUGUCCGAGCCUCUCAAUCACCAAAUGAAAUUAUUCCAGAUGGAAUCACAAAGGACUGGAAAUUCGAGAAGAGGUCAUCUGAUUUUUAUGUGCCUGAUAAUGUUAGUAACAAUGGGGGAAGUGGUGGAGGCAAUGGUUCUCUUUCUGAUAUGAACAUUGAUGAAGAAGCACCGCUAAUUUCUUCAAGGGUGUCUCAUAUUGGACGUAUGCAGCUAGCCAACCAUGCAACAGGAAAAUGAAAACCCCAAUACAAGAUUCAUUUUAGAUCUUCCCCUUUUGGAGAAAAGAACAAGAGGAAGUUGGGUCAAAAGCACCACUCUUUAUUCUUUUCUAAAUAGUGUGCUUUAUAAUGGAAUCAUGCAUGCUUGCUCUUUGUAAUCACAUUUAUGUUGACCUGUGGUUUAAGACCAGAGUGGGGAAUCAAUUCUCCUCUUAAAUCCUAUAAUAAUCAAUUUAAAUUUAUAGCCAGCAUUGGGGGCACAAAAUUGAAAUGCA